AUGCGGAGACCUAGCACUAUUGAGGUCGAGAUCCGGUGGGCAUAUUUGGCUCAUUCUAUUUGGUUGGAUAGGAAUGCUGGCAUCUUUGAGGGCAGGCGGUUACUCCCGUGGAUGGUGGUGGAUAGAGCCAUGCGUCUUGCUAGGGAGGUUACUACUACUACCAUUAGGUUCUCUUCUGAGAUGGCCAGGGAUACCUGGGGUACUCUUUCCGCUGUCACAGCACCCAGGUUCGUCCUAGUUUCUUGGGUAUCCCCACCCCUUGGUCAUCUAAAAGUGAACUUCGAUGGUAGUAUGUCGGUGGACGGGGUAUCAGGAGGAGUUGGCUUCAUCAUCAGAGACCAUCUGGGUAGUUUGAUAGCAGCUGGUGGCCGCCGCUCGCCUGGACUUACUGCAGUUGGUGCAGAGCUGCAUGCAGCCUAG